AUAUUUAACACAGAUUAUAAAAAUCAUAAUCACCACUGUAGUACCAAUAAAAAUAUAGCUUGUAAUAAUUUUAAAAAUAGCUAUAACCCGAAUAUAAACUAUAAUAAUAAUAAUAAUAAUAAUAAUAAUAAUAAUAAUAAUAAUAUUAAUAAUAAUAAUAAUAGUAGUAGUAAUUUUAAAAAAACUUUAAACAAUAAUAUUAACCCAAACUCUAAUAAAUAUUCUAGUAUUACAUCAUCAACAUCACUAUCAACAACUACAACUACAACAACAACUACGACAAAAACAUCAAAUUAUUUGAACUCCUUGAAUUUCAUAUCCGAGACCCAACCAUACCUGUUGUAUAAAACAAUUUUGUUGGCAAAAAGAUUAUUUGGUGGUAUUACUGAUUACAUGUUUCCUCCAAAAGACGAAAUUCUAUAUGAAACUGAUCCCUAUUACUUUUAUCAGGAUGAUACUCAAUCAAAUGAUAGUAAUGAAUUUUAUGACGAUCCUGAUUUGGGUAGCGAUAUAGAUGAAGCAAAUAUAAAUAAUUCAAACAAUAAUAUAUAUAUGAAUCAUCACCAACAAAUAACCUCAACCUCAACCUCAACUUCAACUUCAACCUCAACUUCAACAUCAACCAACAAUAACAAUAAUUUUAAUAGUAAUAGUAACAGUAGUAAUAUUAAUCAACUAAACCAAAAUAUGAAAACUAUUAAUAAUAAUAAUAGUGCUAGUAUUAUCGUUAGAAAUGUAAAUAGUAAUAACCGUAACAACAAUAAUAGUAGUCCAACCAAUAGCAGAAACAACAAUAGAAUUAAUGAUGGCGCAUCCAUUAAUAAUCAAAUACCAUUUAAAAAGAAACCUGCUCAAAAUCCCGCACCAUUUUUUAGAAAUUCACCUACAAAUGACUAUUACGAUCAAAUAUCUUGUGAAAAUACUAAUAAUAACAAUAACGAUAACAUUAUAACUAAUAGCAAUGUAAAUAAUAUAAAAAAAUCAACAAAGGCAAUAUAUAAUAAUAAUAAUAUAGAUCAAUGGAGAUCACAACAUUUAAACGAGCCAAGUUUUGAACAAACUCAAUUACAGCAACAAAUUCAAACCCAAGAGCAAAUGAUUCAAGAGGAAAAACAAAUAAAACAACAACAACAAUAUCAACUUUUACAAAAGCAAAGACAAGAACAAGAGUUACAACAAUAUCAACAAAAAAAUGCUCAAAAAUUAAUUCAACAAAAACAACAAUUACAACUUCAACAACAACAACAACAAUCCCAACAACAACAACAACAAUCCCAACAACUACAGAAACAACAACAAUCCCAACAACCAAUAAAUAAUGUUGACGAUUUUAUGACAAAGUUCGAAAGUGAAACCCAAAGUGACGAGCAUAGCCAAGAUAACUCAUUCGAAAAAAGAGAAUCAUUCCAUAGAAACAAUAUUAUAUUUACAUCAUUCAAUUAUAUUUGCUCUUUGGUAUUAAAUGGAUCAAAAAUUAACUCAACUGAAAAAUAUAAAGCAAAAUUAAUCAUUGGUUUUUGUUUUACAAUUUUAAGCUUUAUACCCUCAUGGAUAAUAUUUUUUUGGUUAUCAGGUAUAAAUAAACCAGCUGUAAUGGCUGUAAUUGCAAUUCCAAUGUCUUUUUCAUCACUAGUUAUUUUAAAGAAAACUGGAUCAAUACAUUAUCCAUGCCAUAUUUUAUGUUUUACUUUAUGCUUUGCCCUAACAAUUAACUCAUAUUAUACUGGUGGACAUCAAAGUACAAUUAGAUUACUAAUGAGUACCGUACCAAUUAUAUCUGCUUUAGUUUUAGGUAGAAGAGCAUCAAUCCAAUGGUCAUUAAUGGUUUUAUUAAUAUAUCUUUCAUUUUUUGUUGCAAAUUUAUACGGCCACGAAUAUGUACAAGGAAUACCAUCGAUUAUUAUUAGAAGUCAUAUGAAUUUUAUCAUCGAUGUUACAAUUAUCAUUAUGACUUUAAUAUUCACCCUCUGCUAUCAAUAUUUUAUCGAUGAAGCCCAUAGAGAAACUAAACUAAAAAAUGCUCAGUUAACAAUUGCAAAGGAUGCCGCUAUUGAAGCAUAUCAAGCAAGACAAGAGUUUUUGGCCACAAUGAGCCACGAAAUUCGUACCCCUCUUAAUGGUUUAAUUGGUAUGGCUACUCUUUUAAGAGACUCUCAUAACCUACCACCAGAAGAAAAAACCAUGGCUAAAGCUGUUAAAUCUUGUGGUGAUAUCCUUUUAAGAUUAGUAAAUGAUAUCUUGGAUCUUUCAAAGUUAGAAGCUAAUCAAAUGGGUCUCGAACAUAUUCCAUUCAAAAUGAGAGAACUCACCCAACAAAUUUGCCAUGUUCUUUCUGGACAGGCCAACGAAAAAGGUAUUCAACUAGCAUGUGAAGUUUCCGAUAAAAUACCGGCCACUCUUGUAGGUGAUAGCGGCAGAAUUUUGCAAAUCCUUAUGAAUUUAACCGGUAAUGCUCUUAAAUUUACUCAAAGCGGUUAUGUAAAGAUCAUUGUUGAUCUCAUUGAAGAAGAAUCUGAACUUGUAUCAUCAAGAAAAGGCGAAUAUAAUAUCUCAUUUAGAAUUAAAGAUACAGGUAUUGGUGUACCAGUUGAAAGUCACCAAAAGAUUUUCGAAGCAUUCGUUCAAGCUGAUCCAUCCGAUAGUAGAAAGUAUGGCGGCAGUGGCCUUGGUUUAUAUUUAUGUGCUAAAUUAGUAAAGCUUAUGAAAGGUGAGAUCGGUGUAUAUAACAAUCCAGAUUGUGAAGGUUCAACUUUUUGGUUUAUUAUUCCACUUGAGGAAGGUACCGACUCAAUGCAAUCCACAUGUAAUACACGUCAUAAUGUUUUCCCACCCGAUUGUAUUAAAGUUUUAAUCGCCGAAGAUAAUAUAAUUAACCAAAGAGUAGCAGUUAAAUUUUUAGAGAAAAUUGGUAUUAAAGCUGACGUUGCUGGAAAUGGUAAUGAAGUAUUGGAAAUAUUAGAAAAACAACAUUACGAUCUAAUUUUUAUGGAUUUCCAAAUGCCAAUUUUAGAUGGUCUCAGAUGCUCAAAGACAAUUAGAGAGUACGAAAGAAAUGAUAAAUGGAGCAGACACAAGCCUUCCAUUUUUAUUUGUGGUUUAACUGCCAAUACAAUGUCAACAGAUAAGAAAAGAUGUUUCGAUCAUGGUAUGAAUCAUUUUAUAUCAAAACCUUUCCAACUUGAACAGUUAAGAUCCGCUAUUGAAAUGGCCUUAGAUCAUAUGAAAAGAUACUCAUAAGAAUAUAACUAGUGCUAUUAAACCACUUUCAAAAUUAAUAUUUUGGUAUCAAGCACAAGAAAAAAAAAAAAAAGAAAGAAAAACAUAUUGUUUUAUCUUAAUCUGUUUUAAACUUUUUUCUAUGUUUAUACUAUCCUGUAUAUAUAUGUAAUAUACCCUUUAAAAAAAAAUAAUAAAAAAAAUUAAAAAAUUAAAAAAUU